AUGGGUACAGAUGACAUGGCAACUUGUCACACCGUCCUCUGCUCCUUGCUACUAAUCACGUUGAGCUUCGAGUGCUUAGCGGCAGAUUUGGAUCUGGCUCACACAGCAGUACUAGAGGUUAAUAUGUCAUGGGUAGCUGCGAGAAAGAUCCCUCAGACCCUCUUUGGAGUGUUCUUUGAGGUGAGAGUGUUGGAAAUCAACCACGCUGGAACUGGAGGGCUUUGGGUGGAACUUGUCAGAGGUUUUGAAGCUGGAUGGCCUAAAACUUCAAACAUAGACCCAUGGUCCUUAAUUGGGAAUAAAUGCUCCAUACACGCGAAGACUAAAAGACUAUCUUGUUUUAGUACAAAUAUCAAUGCUCUAAAGAUGGAGGUUGUUUGCGAAAAGUGUCCAGCUGGCGUAGCUUAG